AUGCCGACAGAUCCGUCGAUCAACCUGUCUACAUCGGCAGCAGCAGCCUUCUGUGCUCGCCUAUGUGUCCAUCCUCGACUCCGUCCCCGUCUCGCGCAUCUCUUGACAACCAUCCGUCAUCACCUCCACACCCUCCACCUUCACUCCUCGUCCCAACAACUGCACAAGAGUCACCACCACACAACCUUCCGGGAACAACUCAAACUCUACCGCAAACUCUACCAUGGAGCCCCUCUUGCGCUAAUCAUCAACGUCCCGGCGCUCGCAUUCUUCCUCUCAACCUAUGACGCCACAAAACACUUCAUCGCCUACCUCUCUUCCUCCUCCCACCUCAACCUCACCCAUUUCCAACUGCAUCACUUUGAGACGCACCUGAUCAGUGGACUGAUGGCAAAAGUCGCAGGGACGAUUCUGUGGGCUCCGCAGGCGAAACUUUCAGGGAUGCAGGGGAGUCAUCAUGGACAGUUGUCUCUCCAAGAGGCUCUUCAACUCGUCAAGAAGGUGGUUGCCAGCGAAGGAAAUGGAGUUUGGAGUCUGUGGUCGGGGUAUAAGACGACGUUGAAGAGUCUGUUGCCAUAUACGAUGUUGUAUUUCGCGACGUAUGAGAAGUUGAAGCAGUUUGCGCGGUUGCGUAUCAUCUCUCGCGAGAAGCAACAACUACAGAACAAGACAUCCUCCCGCACAGCAAUAACAGGAACAGGAACAGGAAGAGAAAUCGACUACAGGACGGAUCACCGACCACUGAACCUGGGGACUUAUAUGGUCUGUGUCACAGGAGCAGUCGCCAUCUCGGCGACUGUCUGUCAUACCGCAGGAGCCCUCCGCGUCCAUAUCCAAGACCGCUGGACCUCUGCCUUCUCUGCCACCUCUGUCUCCGCCGUACAGUCAGCAGCAAAGUUAACAACACCUUCACCAAUAUUGCCGUCAUCAUCAGUGUUCAGUAACUCGGGAUCGACAAUGAGCCCCAAGUUACUGGCGACCUCAACCUUUCCACAGCAACAACACCACCAUUCUUACGCACACGCAUAUACUCCUCCUGUCGCCCAACACGCCAACAUGGCGACUACGACUACUACUACACCUGCACACUCACUCCGGCGACCACUCACAACCCCAGGAACUGGACAUCAACUUCAGAGGCGGAAACAGUCUAAUAGCGGAAAUGGAGGGUUGAUGAGAAGGAUAUGGCGUGGGUUAGGCCCUCGUGUGAUGUGGACGGCUCCUGGUGUUACGCUGACCACUGCAGGGUUUGAAGUCUUUCGCAACCUUGCCCUUGGUGUCGUUUGA